AAAAACAGAGAUAGCGAUGAUUGAAGAUUUAUCUUCUAUUUUUCUACAAGAUUCUUUGAAGCAGCUUGGUUUAACAAUGCAUAAAGAAGGAAGUCAUGGGAUUUUACCAACGUCAGAAUUACAAAAAGAUUUUUUGUAUAAUGGACAUAACAAUAAUUUAUCCAAAUGCCCUCAAUCAGAACAAAAGCAGGGUAUUUCACAAUCUCUUGAAAUUUGGGCAAAAAAAAUAUAUUAUCAAUCAGAUGAUUUACAAAGAUUAAUUCAAAAAAAUUCAGAAAAAUAUUUAGAACGUCAUGAAGAAUUGGAAAGAUUGAUAAAAGAAUUUCGAUCGGAUUGUUAUGCAUGGUUAGAAUCUGCAAAAGAAGAGCAUAAAGCCCGAGAAAACGAAAUAAUGGAAAAACAAGAAAACUUUAGACGAAUUUGCAAUAUAAUUUCUGAUACUAUUAAAGCCAACGAAUGUAAGAUUCACAAACUUGAAUCGAUGGUUGAACAAUUAUUAUCAAUUAUCAUAGCUCAAGAAGCUAAAUUUUUAACUUUUGAGGCUAAACAAUCAGAAAAUCUAAAACCUUUACAUCUAACUAUGAAUCAAAUCCUCAAUGCUAUCAAUCAACGUCAAACAGAUCAACACCAAAACGACCAUUAUCCGAUGAAUCCACCCUCAGAAAAACAAAAUACUGGAAAUAAAGAUACUAUUCCAUCUUUUGUCAAAACAAAUACACGGAAGAGAAUACUCUUAACAUCAGACGAAUUAAAAGAUCUUGGAAAAACCCUAAACGAAUAUAAAGAAGACAAGAAACAAGUAAUUCCUCUUCGAAAAAAUAUUAACAGGACACAUUCAAAGAGAAUAUAAAUAUUUUAAAAGAAAAAAAUCUUUUAUGUCAUAUUUAUAUUUUUUAAUCUUAAGUACAAAAUUUAGCAGAUAUUUCUUAUAUACU